AUGGAUUAUGACAAUGAUUUGAAAAAAAACUCACUUGCACGACUAUCACAGUUAAGGUUUCCAUUUGCAGAUGCCCCCAGUAUUGUACAAGCGCAUCAAAAAGAUGAACAAAUCCAAACCCUUUUAACUUUAAAGAUAACUGAUUUAUGUAGGUUAAUAAAGAACCAAUUAUUCGUUAACUCUUAUCCUAAAGAACUUUCUAUUUUAACCAAGCUACUAUAUUUGCUCUUUACUACAGGAAGACGUGGUAAAACAUUGGGCGAGGAAUAUGUUGACUUAAUAUACACCAAUAAGAGUGGUACUAAACUAACAGGACGAAUUAGAAUGAUUUUAUUUGUAUUUUCCUAUUCUAUCUGUCCAUAUUUCAUUACUAAACUUUACAAAAAAUUAGUGCAAAGUGAAAAGGAAAGCAAAGCUGAAGACACUAUAAGUAUUACUGGGUUUUGUGAGGUUUUUUUGGAUUUUAUUUUAGAUUUGCAUAUGACCUUAUUUUAUUUUAAAGGAUCUUUUUAUAGUACUUUUAAAAGGAUCUUUGGUAUGAGAUACAUUUUUAGGCAUGUGAUGGCGGAAAAUGAGGCUAAGUUUAGAAGAGAGGGCAUAAGAACGUACAAAGUAUUGGGUUAUAUACUAUUGACUCAGAACAUACUGAAAUGGUAUCCCGUUUUAAGGUCUGCACUCAGGUCCUGGAUGUAUGAAAAGAAAGGUACUGGCGAUUCAAUUAUCAACUUGUCUCCUGCUUUACGGCAGCAUUCAGAACAUAAUUCGAUAGAAGGUAUACCGAACGAAUCACAGCUGACUCAUAUAAAUUUGUCGGAUAAAAAGCAACUGCCAUAUAUUCCAGAAUCUUCGAGAAAAUGCAUUUUAUGCCUCACGAAUAUGACUGAUCCUAGCUGCGCGCCCUGUGGUCACCUAUUCUGCUGGGAUUGUCUUAUGAGUUGGUGUAAAGAGAGACCAGAGUGUCCUCUAUGUAGACAGAAGUGUCGACCACAAGGGAUUUUGGUUUUGCAGCAGUAG